UCUAUAAAAGAGAGGUGAACACUUACAGACCUCAGAGAGCAGCUUCAACUUCUUGUUCUUGAAUUGACAUGACGAUGCAGACGUACCCAGCAAAUGGCGGGAUCCUGAUGCAGGACAAAGUCUACAAUGCCCAGCCAGUGAUCCUGUCCAUGCCUGAUCAAACACUGAAUGAUGAUAUAAUUUUUUCCACAUUCAAUCUUCACUUCUGUAACCCUUGCUGCCUUGGGUUUGGAGCAUUUUACAACUCAAUAAAGGCCAGGGACAACAGAUUGCUUGGAAACUACGCAUCAGCACGGUCUUACGGCACUACAGCUCGCCGUCUAAACAUUGCUGCCCUCAUUAUUGGUUUCAUCUUUAUAAUUGGCUUCAUCAUCAUCCUUUUCAUGAUAUCGAGAGAAAUCACGUCAGUUUUUGAGGAGCUGACUUCUCCAGGGAAUUAAUGUCUGAAUGUUUGUAUUUGCCUGCAAUGGUUUUUAUUAAAUCAUUUAUAUCUUUUGAAA